AUGUCUGCCGAUAGCAAAUCAAAACCUCCGGCGUUGGACCUUGGCAAGCAGUCCAAGGCGGAGCUGGAGAAAAUCGCAUACCACAUCGUGUCGCCCGGUCUGCCGCCGCUCAGCGAAAGAAACAAGAGUCGGGUCCGCCAAAGCAAAUCCAUCGAGGCACAACAGAAACGUCUGAUCAAUGAGCGUGCCGGCAGCAGGAGCCCGGUAGAAGUGAAGAAAUCACCCGGCGUGGGCGUCGGAAAGAAUAUUCCGCGCUUGAAAAGAGCCAAGCCGCCUCCUCCAUUGGAUAUCCACCACGGCCCGCUGCGACACGGUCUGGCCAUGAGAUCGGCUCCAUUGCGAGGGUACCGUGUGUUGAUGCGGCCAUAUCCUGCGCCACAGCCUCUCUACACUUCUCCGCAUGGCUAUUACCCUUAUCCGCCUGCCUAUCCGCCUGCCGUGUACCCGUCGCCACCCCUGGUGCGAUAUCAUCAGGUGAGCGUGGACAACGGGGAGUACGUUGUGGUGAAGACGCCGAGUUCUGAGGACGACCCGGUGCGAGACGAGGUGGAUGAGGAAAAGGACGCAGAGUCGUCAGUCGACGACGACGUCGAGAGCCGCGCAAUUGAAGACGGAGCCGUGCCCAGCGAGAGCGCGUCUGAUCCGCCGAUGGAUGCGCCCGUCGAGCUGGUCUCGGGCGACCUGCGACUGGGUUCUGAGGUCUACACGUACGAGGUUCCCGUGCACGAAAAAACAAGCGAUUUCCGCAAACAUUUCCUGCGCCUGGCAGGAGCCAUUUUCGACGACUAUAUGGCUAGGACUAGCGAUCGAUGA